AUCACUAGAGACUCUCUGGUUACCAAUAACUUGGUUGGAGUUUUAAUAAAUUUUAAACACAUUCAGUCCUAUAGUUACAAUCAAUUGUCCCUGUGAUUCAAUUUAUGUGUGCAUGGUAUGAAUAAGCCAUUGUCGAGUUUUUUGUUGUGCCUCUUGCUGCAAAUUUUUUGAAUAUCGCCCAAAUACUUUUAAAAGCUAUUUGAAUCAACAAAUUUGAAAAUGACAAUAAAAAAGAGACGUGAAGGAGGAGCUGAUCCUAAAUUUUUUGAAUCACCUGACAUAAUCAAUGGAUUUGAUUGUGUUCGUCAGUGGUUAGAUAAAUCAAUUUACAGUCCAUAUCUUCUGGCUGAUCCUACAAGUGCUAAAAAUUUGGUAACCCUUGUCUUGGGGUUGAUUCAAUUUCAGGAAGAUAAUCUCGGUCGGUCUGUCAGUAAACCGCCAAUGACUCGGCUUCCAAUGAAGUGUAUACUUGAUACUAAACCAGGUGGAGGAUUAUGCCAUAUUUUAGGAACGAUGUUCAAGUUUAAAUUUGAUCAAGGUUGGCGUAAAUUUGAUCUUCAAGCUACUUCAAAACCUAAAAUAGAUAAGAAUCUAGAAAUGCUAAGGCAAGUGGAAAAGGUUUUAUUCUCAGCACAGCAAAUUUCAACACCAAUUGUAUAUAUUCGACCUGAUGUUGAUGAAAAGUUAUCUGAAACAUUAAAAGACAUUGUUCGUCGUCAUCGAGGUACCUGUGUUGAUUCUCCAUUAGAGGCAACUCAUAUUGUUCAUAAUUUAAUCUUACCCAAUAAGCAACCUGAUGAUUUGUGUCGACCUGUUGCAAAAAACCAAUCCGAUAAAAGCGCUUUAAUUCAUUGGCUUUAUACGCCUGAUAGUUAUGAUUCCUGGUUAAAUGAUGUUGAUCUCACCGUAGACCCUGACCCUCCUCAUUCAGGUAUUGGUCAACGCGAAGUGGAAGCUCGUUGGCUAUUGGACACUGAUGUUUAUAAUGAAUGGAUGAAUGAAGAUGAUUAUGAAGUUAUUAUUGUUGAUAAUAUUCCAACUCAUACUAAAAAGCGUUACACCCCAGCAGAAUUAAUUGUUCAAAUUUUACCUGAUGAAACCAAAGACAUUCGAUUUAGACUGACAAAGAGAAAACGUUCACCAUCACCUUCUUCAAUGGACAAAAAACGACGAUCAAGAUUGAGCUCUUUUCGAACUAGUUUUUCUGGAACCGAUGCAUUCAAAAGACUAAAUUACAAAGGUCUUGAUGAAGACUAUGAAGAUUUAACCAAAGAUUUAGCUGACCCUUUACCAGAACCCAAUAUUCAAGAAGUUCAUUUGCCAAAAUUUGUUCCUGGAACUCGAACUACUAAAGACAAUGAAUUAGCUCCUAUAAAAGGAGGAUACCUUACUGAAUUAGAUUCCAUCGACCACGAUGAUAAAUUGGGGAUGUCUGAUUUUGAUUUGAUGAGAAAUCAACACUAUGAUUCCGAAACUUUAACCAUAAAGAUUGGAGAUGAUGAUGAAAACGAUGUUAAUCAAGCAAGCUACAUUGUGAUUCCAAGUUACUCUUCUUGGUUUGAUUAUAAAUCGAUUCAUCCCAUCGAAAAAAGAGCUUUAACUGAGUUUUUUAACAAUUCAAACAAAUCAAAAACACCCGAAGUAUAUUUAGCGUAUAGAAACUUCAUGAUUGACUCUUAUCGCAUUAAUCCAACCGAAUACUUAACCGUAACUGCUUGUCGCAGGAGCCUAGUUGGCGAUGUUUGUGCCAUUCACAGAGUGCACUCCUUUUUAGAAUUAUGGGGGCUGAUCAACUUUCAUGUUGAUCCUGAAGACCGACCGAAUACAAUGGGGCCACCAACAACAAGUCAUUUUAAUAUUUUUGUUGAUACUCCUGAAGGACUUAUGCCGAUUGCCCAUCCUCGAUCCGUUUCAAGUGUUUCAGCUCCACAGCAAGUUUUAUCAUUAGACAAAGAAGUUAGAAGUGAAACUGAUAAAAAAGCCAAAACUCUCCUGGGUGACAGUUUUGGUCUCCGAAUGGAUCAGUAUGAACAAAGGAAUGCAGCUUAUCGUCAUAAAGGAGCUGCAACAAUAACUAGAGAAUGGGACGAACAAGAAAUACUUCUUCUUCUCGAAGCCAUUGAGAUGUACAAAGAUGAUUGGAAUAAAGUUUGUGAGCAUGUUGGAAGUCGAACUCAAGAUGAAUGUAUUUUACAAUUUUUAAGACUUCCUAUUGAAGACCCCUAUUUAGAAGAUAUCGGACAACCUUUACCUGCCAACUAUCAAUCAAUUCCAUUUUCAAAAUCUGGUAAUCCUAUCAUGUCUACAAUUGCAUUCUUAGCAAGUGUUGUUGAUCCACGAAUUGCUGCAUCUGCAGCUAAAGCUGCAAUUAAUGAAUUUGCCAGAUUAAAAGAUGAAGCAUCUCCACAGAAGCUCAAUGAUGCCUCUAGUUCAUUUUCUUCUACCGGUGAUAACAAUUUUAUAAAAGAUCCAGAUAUAAGCACUUGUUCUGGCGAUGGAGUAAGAAACUCUAUUUCCGUUAGACCAUCAUCCUCAUCCUCAUCAUCCUGUAUAAAUUUUGAAACUUUCGGUGACAUCAAAGAAACUCUUUUAACACCAAAAUUAGAAUUUGAUUCUAGUGCAAAAACAGAGAAUGAUUUUGAAUCUGUCCCUAAAACUGGAAUCAAAGAAGAGAUUCAUCAUAAUGGAGACCCAAGAUCUGAUAUAAAAGACGAAGCAUUCCCUAAUCAGACAAACAAAGAUGGGGUUAUUGAAAGUGAACAUAUUAAAGAUAAAAGUUUGAAAGAUUCUCAGAUUAGCAAUGCUGCAUCGUCAGCAUUGGGUGCAGCUGCCAUUAAAGCUAAACAUUUGGCGGCUAUUGAAGAAAGAAAAAUCAAAGCUUUUGUUGCCAUGUUAGUAGAUACACAAUUAAAAAAAUUACAACUUAAAUUGAAAAAUUUCGAAGAAAUGGAAGCCAUGCUAGACAAAGAGAAAGAAACAUUGGAACAGCAGAAGCAAACUUUAAUACAGGAGCGACAACAAUUUCACAUGGAACAGUUAAAAGCUGCUGAAUCCCGUGCUCGAUUAAAAGCACAAACUAAUGUUUUAGAACCUACUAUAGAUAAUAUAAGUUUCCAGCCAAUUCCUCAAAAAUAAGUCAUAAAGUCAUCGUACAACCAACAGAUCAUAUAAAGACAACAAUUAAUUGAUUUAAAGAAAAAAGAAUAUACUUUCUCUUGGUGUCUGAUCUUAAAUAUCUCAUUCCUUCUCUUUUAAUUUAUUCAAAUGAAUGUAAACCUCAUUAACAAACAUGCAUGCUUUUCUAUACAUAAAUCCGUUGUCAACCCAUUGCAUAAAUUAAUCUUUCCUCUCAUAUUUCAUCUGAUCAGCUCUGAUUUUUCAUCAAAUAAAAUCCUAAAUGUUGAUCUCAA